AUGGUCAUACGAUCCCCCUACCCAGACCUCAAAAUCCCCGAGCAAGACAUCCUGACCUACCUCUUCGGCUCCGAGAAAUCGCUGUCCGAGACUCCGCUCUGGAUCAAUGCGGCCAGCCCAGAUACCUACCUCUCGUUGCGCACUGCGCUACAAUGGAUCAAAAGAUUGGCGAUAGGCCUUGACAAGUUGGGUGUGAAAAAGGGGGAGGUGCUUAUGAUCGUGUCCCCGAAUCAUAUCUUCGUGCCUGUAGCGUACUUGGGAGCUGUGGGCUCUGGGCGGAUUUUCAGUGGUGCCAACCCAUUGUAUACGGCAGAUGAGUUGAGUUUCCAGAUUCGGAACACAGGAGCCCGAGUUCUCUUGGUCCAUCCCACCCUUCUUGACACAGCUCGGAAAGCCUCCAAAGCAGCCGGCCUUGCAGAAGAUAGACUGUACCUAUUCUCAGACACAGAACACAAGCCUGUCGACGGUAUUCAAGAUUGGCGCUCAAUGCUGGGUAGCCCUCCAGAUGCAUCAAGAUACAAUCGGCCACGACUGUUAGGCUUGGAGUCGAAGAAGCAGAUAGCAACAGUCAAUUACUCUAGUGGCACCACAGGUCUACCCAAGGGUGUCAUGGUCACCCAUUACAACCUGAUCGCCAACGCAGAACAGACCAUGUUCCUCAAGAACGUCGAGAAACCCGAGUUCAAACGAACUGGCAAAUACUCAGUCGCCGACGAGCGCUGGAUCGGCUUCCUUCCACUCUAUCACGCCUACGGCCAACUAAAUACUAUCCUCAUGGCAGCAAAACUCGUCGUCCCAGUCUACAUCAUGUCGGCGUUUGUCUACGAAGAGAUGCUUCAUGUUGUUCAAAAGUACAGGAUUACAGAGCUUCAAGUCGUCCCGCCUAUCCUGGUCCUGAUGAGCAAGCACCCUGCAACAGCCAAUUAUGACCUCAGCAGCAUCACUAAAAUCUCCUCUGGCGCUGCGCCACUAUCUCAGAGUCUGCAAAUGGAUUGUAGGCAACGCUUUCCGGCCAAUGUUGGGCAGGGUUGGGGUAUGACCGAAAUCACAUGUACAGGGUUGGUUGCGCCAGGAGGAAUUGAAGAUCAUACUGGAAGCGUGGGCGUCCUAAUACCCAAUUGCGAGAUCAAAUUGGUAAACGAGAAUGGGAAGGAGGUGGAGAUGGGGGAAAGGGGUGAAAUAUACAUAAAGGGACCGAAUGUCAGCCCAGGGUAUUGGAAGAACGAAAAGGCUACGAGGGAGACCAUGCUGGAGGGUGGGUGGUUGCGGAGUGGGGAUGUGGCUGUCACUGAUGAAAGGGGAUGGUUCUACAUUGUGGACCGAUUGAAGGAACUCAUCAAAGUCUCCGGCCUUCAAGUCGCCCCCGCCGAGCUCGAAGCUGUCCUCCUUACCCAUCCUGCCGUCGCCGAUGCGGGCGUGGUUGGCGUCCAGGACUCCUUCGACGCUCAAGAAUACCCUCGAGCUUACGUACUACUCAGUUCGAAAGGAGCAGCGAGCUCGGAAGAGAUACAAGAGUGGAUCAAGAGCAAGGUUGCGAAGUAUAAGUAUCUGACCGGUGGUGUGGUCUUCGUUGACGAAGUGCCUAAGAGUGCGACGGGCAAGAUACAGAGGAAGACUUUGAGGGAGUGGGCCAAGAAGGAUGGGCAGCAGGGAAGGACGAAGCUAUGA